UUGUAUUCACGAUGGACACUUUUAAAAGAACAAAAGUAGCCGUCUAGGUUAUCGACAUAUGCUUUGGCGCUUUGCCUCAGGCGAGAAAAAUAGACGGUAGAGUCUUAUUUUAUCCAUAGCAGCUACGGACUUAUCAGUGUCAAUAUUUUGUCUGACAAGGCUCAAGGCUAAUCAGCUCAUGCGAUAUCUAAGCUGUCACAGUGGCCAAUGGUGUCACCUUUUGACAUAAUGGCUUUGGCAUAUUGACGAUGUGAACAAGAGCCUUUGCUCAUCAUCACAGAGGUGGCGGGGAUGAAUCGCAUGUAGUUUAAAAUGAUGCGCUUUCGACCUUCAACGGUCAGGAGACGGCGAUCUCAAAGUGCAUCCAGUGCUUUGAAAGACAAGGAUAGCAGCCAUGCAAAACAAGAUUCCAAGCCGGUAAAGAAGAAGUCGGUGCAGUGGGCAGACGAUCUCAAACGAGAACAGUUUGGUAGGCCACCUUUGCGAAAAUACAACUCUGACGGUAUCCUUGAGUUCGACCAGGCAUUAAAGAAGCUUACCAGGGUAUCAAGCAUGUUAGAAACAUCGACGACACUGGAAAAGGAUUUUGAUGAAGAUUUACAGAUAAUUCAGAAAAAGCUUAUGGCGGAAGUAGAUCUGAAGAAGGCCGAUGGAAAAACAGCAAUUGAGCCUACCGGAGAUUAAUUCGAAACCGCUUGCUGCAUGAAUACUGAGUAUUCACGCGGCAUCCUUUGUUCAUUUUCUAGAAAAGACAGAAAAUAGUGUACUCGAAUUGUUUUCAUUGAGCAAGGAUUAUGACUUUUAACUCCGCUCUCUUGUUUGAAAUUCAUUGCAGAUCUUAAUCUAAGAAAAUAUAUUUAAUUUAAACAGAAACUGAUGGCAGGUGCCGACCACCAGCUUAAAAUUAAACUUAACUUAAAUCGUAAAAAUACUUUUUGUAAAAGUGAUCGCGAGGUAUCGGUGAAUUAAUCCUUUUUUGUGAAGAGCUAAAUGCGUGAGAUAAUUUACUUUGCUUCGACGAUCACGAGGUUUAUAUCUUAAACAAUGAGUAAAUCUUGGAAUAUCCACAUGGUAUUAAAUUAUUCAGCGGGGGCUUGCGUGCGAGAUGGUUUUGGUGUCUGGCUUGUUUCCAAAUUUUUCGUCGAACCCUUCUCGCACAGCAAAGAGAAUUAAAGAGAAUUAAAGAGAAACAAAACAAA